GCUUCCCCUUCCUUCCUUCCUUCCUUCCUCCCUACUUCCUCCCCUUUUUCCUCUUCCAGCUACAUGAGAGGCCGACUGACCCUGGCUCAAAUCAACGCCUCCCUUCAAAUCCUCCACGCCGCCGCCGCUUCCAAAUACAAAAUCCUCCACCAAAACCCCAAAUCCAUGACUUCCUCCAUCCGUUCCCUUUACCAUCGUUUCCGGGAAGAGGAAACCAAAGAAACCAAAGGUGAGAUUUUCGUGGUGGAAGCCGACCUGAAAGAAUUCACCCAGGUGAAGAUGGAUAGGAGAUUCCACGCCGUUCUCAACGUCCUCCGCCAUUGCCAAAGGCUUCGGGAGGUGCGGGGGGCCCGCCUGGUUCGUUACGUGCUUUGUUAACGAGCUAGGAUUAAUUAGCAUCGAGGAGAAGCAGUGAAAUCCCUAUUGUCAGCACUUCGGCUUUCCGGUGUGGGUUGGCUGGAGGACUAAUGGCGGCUGGGAGGACUGAUGGCGGCUGGAGGCGGCCGCCCGGUUCGUUGCGUGCUUCGUUAACGAGCUAGAAGUAAUUAACAUGUGUGUAAGUCAUUAAAUAAUUGCAAUCAGU